UGACUCAGCAGAACCCUUUGGCGCCGCGCGGACCCCCGGCGUAUAAAUUGGGCCGUCCAACUUUUUCUCUGUUACACUGUGUGAGUGGUUGAGGGACGGGUUGGACCAGAAACAUGUCGCAGUACUCUGGAAAGAUCACCUUCUACGAGGGGCGGUGCUUCACCGGCAGGAAGCUGGAGGUCAGAGGUGACUGCGAUAACUUCCAGGACCGCGGCUUCAUGAACAGAGUGAACUCCAUCCGGGUGGAGAGCGGAGCCUGGAUCUGCUACGACCAUCCGGACUUCCGGGGGCAGCAGUACAUCCUGGAGCACGGAGAAUACCCAGAAUUCCAGAGGUGGAACUCCCACAACGACCACAUGGGAUCCUGCAAGCCCAUCCGCAUGCACGGAGAGCACUACCGCAUCGAGCUGUUCGAGGCCUGCAACUUCUCCGGUCAGUGCAUGGACAUCUGCGACGACUGUCCCUUCCUGCAGAGCCGCGGCUUCUCCAAGAGCUGCAUCAACUCCGUCAGGGUCUACGGAGACGGAGCCUGGGUGAUGUACGAGGAGCCCAACUUCCGGGGCCGGAUGUACAUCGUGGAGCGCGGGAACUACUGCAGCCCGACGGAGUGGCAGGCCCAGAACCAGAACCCCAACAUCCAGUCCAUCCGCCGGGUCGUCAACUACUUCUGAGCCUUCCUCCUCCUCCUCUUCCUCAGCAGGCAGAUCAAUAAACUGAGACAAUCCAGUUUUUUAUCAAA